AUGGUUAUGGCAACGGCUGUCCUCGACACCUACAAUCAUAAUGUCAAUCACCCUCAUAUCGCAUUAAAGAAACCCCUGCUUCAGGAACCUCUUGAGCAAUAUGGCGUGAUUACUCCAAAGCAACUCAUCGGCCAGGCUCUCCACCAGCGCGUGGAGGCCAUUGACCAUGAGAUGUGUGAGCCUGGCGACGAAGAUACUUUCUUCGUUGCUGACCUCGGAGAGGUCUACCGCCAGCAUCUUCGCUGGAAGAAGAAUCUCCCUCGGGUCCGGCCCUUCUAUGCCGUCAAGUGCAACCCCGAUCCUCAGAUCAUCAAACUUCUGUCUGAGCUCGGAACCGGCUUCGAUUGUGCCUCCAAGACCGAGAUUGAGCAGGUCCUGUCCGCAGGACUUAGCCCCGACCGCAUCAUCUACGCCCAACCCUGCAAGACCAACUCGUAUGUCCGAUACGUCAAGUCUGUGGGCGUCAAACAGAUGACUUUUGACAAUGCCGAUGAGCUCUACAAGAUCGCAAAGCUCUACCCAGGAGCUGAGCUCUUCCUUCGCAUCAUGACCGAUGACAGCGAGUCUCUGUGCCGCUUCAGCAUGAAGUUUGGUGCCGCAAUGGACACCACUGAGGGACUUCUCGCUCUGGCCAAGGAUCUUGGUCUCAACGUUGUUGGCGUCAGCUUCCACGUUGGAUCUGGUGCUUCCGAUCCCCUCGCCUUCUACAAGGCCGUUCGCGACGCCCACACCGUCUUCCAGCUGGCCCACGAGUUCGGCUUCAACAUGCGCACCCUUGACGUUGGUGGUGGCUUCAGCGGCGAUACCUUCGAGACCAUGGCUGCCGUCCUCGGUGGCGCCCUCGACGAGUUCUUCCCGCCUCACAGCAACAUCGAGAUCAUUGCUGAGCCUGGCCGAUACUACGUUGCCACCGCCUUCACCAUCGCCUGCAACAUCAUCGCUCGCCGAACUGUUGAGGACCCCACUCUCGAUGGCAAGGGCUACAUGCUCUACGUCAACGAUGGUGUUUACGGCAACUUCUCAAACAUCAUGUUUGACCACCAGCAGCCGAUCGCCAAGGUUCUCCGCGCCUCCGGCAAGACCCUCUUCGAGACCACCGCUGCCCACCCCACUCCCGAGGGCGAGGGUUUCGAGUACUCCGUCUGGGGUCCUACCUGCGAUGGCAUCGAUCGCAUCACUGAGAGCACUCGCUUCGACUCCAUUCUCGAUGUCGGUGACUGGCUGUACUUUGAGGACAUGGGUGCCUACACAAAGUGCUCUGCCACUCAGUUCAACGGCUUCUCCAACGCCCACGACGUUAUCUACGUCUGCAGCGAGCCCGGUGCUAAGGCCCUUCUCGGCCUGUGA